GUGAUGGCCCAGCCCGGGAGCCCCCCGCCGCACGCCAUGGCUGCCAAGGAGGAGCUGUACAGCAAAGUCAUCCCCCGGAGGAACCGGCAGCACCGGGCCGGCACCAUCAAGCACGGCUCGUCCCUGGACAUCCUCCUCUCCAUGGGCUUCCCCAAAGCCAGGGCGCAAAAAGCACUGGCAUCCACAGGCGGAAGAAGCGUGCAAGCAGCAUGCGACUGGUUGUUCUCUCAUGUGGGUGACCCCUUUCUUGAUGACCCCCUGCCUCGGGAGUACGUCCUCUACCUGCGUCCUACUGGCCCCUUGUCUCAGAAGCUUUCUGAAUUCUGGCAGCAAUCAAAGCAGAUCUGUGGGAAGAACAAAGCUCACAAUAUCUUCCCACAUAUCACCCUUUGCCAAUUCUUUAUGUGUGAAGACAGCAAGGUCGAUGCACUCACUGAAGCCUUGCAGGCCACCGUGAUGCGAUGGAAAUGCAAGUUCCCCACUCCUCUGCCUUUGGAGCUCUACACAUCUUCAAACUUCAUUGGGCUUUUUGUCAAGGAGGAGAGUGCUGAGAUCCUCAAGAAGUUUGCUGCAGACUUUGCUGCAGAAGCUGCGACUAAAGCAGAUGUACAUGUGGAGCCCCAUAAGAAACAGCUGCAUGUGACAUUGGCCUAUCACUUCCAAGCAAGCCACUUGCCCACUCUGGAGAAAUUAGCACAGAACAUUGAUGUCAAGCUAGGAUGCGACUGGGUUGCUGCAAUAUUCUCCAGAGAUAUAAGAUUCGUUAAUCAUGAGACGCUGCAAGUGAUCUACCCCUACACCCCGCAGAAUGACGAUGAGCUCGAGCUGGUACCAGGGGAUUUUAUUUUCAUGUCCCCAGUGGAGCAAACUAGUACCAGCGAGGGCUGGAUUUAUGGCACUUCCCUAGCUACUGGCUGUUCUGGGCUACUGCCCGAGAAUUACAUCACCAAGGCAGAUGAGUGCGGGACCUGGGUGUUUCACGGAUCUUACUCAAUUCUGAACACAUCUUCCCCAUCCGCUCUUGCCUUCAGUGAUGGGAUUCUGGAGAGAAGGCAACAAGACGACCAAGGACCUGGGGACACGGGACCACUUACUAUCAUCUGUCAGAGUAUGCAGCCUCUGAGAGUAACCAGCCAGCCAGGGCCCCAGAAACGGUGCCUUUUUGUCUGCCGGCAUGGGGAGAGAAUGGAUGUAGUGUUUGGAAAGUACUGGCUAUCACAAUGCUUUGAUGCCAAAGGAAGGUACAUGCGAACGAACCUGAAUGCGCCUCACAGUUUACCUCAAAGAAGCGGUGGUUUUAGGGAUUAUGAAAAAGAUGCACCAAUCACAGUGCUUGGUUGUACACAAGCAAGACUUGUCGGUGAAGCCCUGCUAGAGACCAAGACCAUUGUGGACUACAUCUACAGUUCCCCAUCACUGCGUUGUGUACAGACAGCACACAAUAUUCUUAAAGGUAUGCAACAAGAAAACACUCUGAAGAUUCGAGUAGAGCCAGGCUUGUUCGAGUGGACAAAAUGGGUCUCUGGCACCACUUUACCUGCCUGGAUACCCCCAGUGGAUUUAGCAGCAGCCAAUCUGAGUGUUGAUACAACAUACAGACCUCAUAUACCUGUCAGCAAGUUAGCGGUUUCAGAGUCUUAUGACACCUACAUAGGUAGAAGCUACCAAGUUACGAAAGAAAUCAUCAGUGAAUGUAAAGGCAAAGGAAAUAACAUUUUGAUAGUGGCUCAUGCAUCAUCUCUUGAGGCUUGUACUUGCCAGCUCCAGGGGCUCUCGCCUCAGAAUUCGAAGGACUUUGUACAGAUGGUCAGAAAGAUUCCAUACUUGGGCUUCUGUUCCUGCGAAGAACUGGGAGAUACGGGGGUUUGGCAACUUACAGACCCCCCCAUCCUCCCUCUCACACACGGACCAACUGGAGGCUUUAACUGGCGAGAGACCUUAUUGCAAGAAUAGACAAAGCUAAACAAGCAAGCAAAACAAUGGCCUUUCUAAGCAUUGGAGAAUGUCUCUUAUAUCAUCUUGUGCUUAUUGACAGUGGAAAAAUUAUAUAUAUUUGUAACAUUUUAGGUGGAUCACUCAGCUGUUCUAGCAUCUCUCCUAUAGAGUCACAUUCAUGCAAAAAAAAAUCUCAUAAAAAAAAAAACUUAGGUGAAUAGGAAAGGGCUCAAUUAAUGGAAGGAAUAUAAGAGUGUAUAUCCAGGUGCUUGCACUGCAGGGAAUCUCUGUUGGGUCAGGAAUGCAGAGCCUGGAUACAUUUUUCCUUCUUAAAAUUGAGCUCAGAUAACAAAAUAAUUCUCACUGCCUUCAGCACAAUGUUAGUAAUAACUAGGACUGUGAAAAUAGUGAACUGUCAGGGGUUGGGAGUGAGGUUCAGUUGCAAAAUUUUGCAGAAUAUAUUUGCAGUUUUGUUCUGGGCCAUGUUGGCACCUUCUUCACUUUCCCCAGAUUGUGCUAAAUAGCAGUUUUGUGUUCCCCCAGGAUACCUAUACACUCAACACAUUCUGUAAGAUAUUCUACCAAGCUAGAAGAAACAGAGCUCAGCAUGCCAUUUGUAGGUAACUUUGAACUAUUCCUGUUCCUUACUGUGUUAGGUGCCUAGAUAUCACACUGGUGGGCAGGUUGCAAAUGCCUGAAGAUAGAUAAAGACGUACAACGUGGAUCAGUGUCCGCAGAGAAUUCUGAAUCUCAAAGCAGUAAGAGGUUAAGUUCACACACAAACAACAGGACCAUUUUUGAGUAAAGAACUGGAGCAUUUUUUUUUUUUCCCAAAUGGGAAUGAAAUAAACAUUAUUCCAGAUGUGAAGGCUUCGGAUUUCCGUAGCUGAAAAUUCGCUCCUGUACAUAAAAUUUAAGCAUCACAUAACCACUGAAUUCCACUGAAGACCUCAAAACAGGGUCUUGCUUGAUGCACAGAGGUCUGAAGCUAGACAUCUGCACAGGCAUGAAUUUCACUCCUUUCUGGAUAUUUCGCAUAGCCCUAGCUUAAGCAGUCUUCUCUGAGGAUCGUUACAAGGUCAAAAAGAUAAGCUGUACAUUCAGAUUGGGUUGAUUACUUUGCUUCCUUUUCUUUACUGUUUAUGUGCUAUCUGUCUGGAAUACAAAGCAGAGCGGAGAAACAGUUCAUUGUAAUAAAGAAAUUGAAACACUAGACCCAUUAGGAUGCUACUUUUUCAUACUGAGCUAACAUCUUGAUCUCAUUGAAGUCACAGGAACUGCCAACAUAAAUCAAACCAGUGAUCCUUUUAGUCCAGCAUCCUGUCUCUGGCAGUGGCCAGCACCAGCUGCUUCAGAGGAGGAUGCAAGUGGGUGGUUAUGGCAUAAGCUGCUACCAGAGAAAAAUGUCUUUGACUCCCAAUAAUUUGAUUGGCUUAUGCAUAAGAGUCCUAAAACUUUUUGAAACAACAUUUGCUUCUUUGGGCCCUAGUUCAGGACGUGGCUUAAGAUCAUGUUUAAAUUGAACUGAAUUGGACUUCAGCACACAGGAAAACAUAUGCUUUUUCCAGAAUUGGGACUUAAUUCUGUCUAUUCUUUCUAUCCACAUACAUUACUAGUUUGAGGGUUUUUAAGCCCUGCCAAGCUUUUAGGCUUGACCAUGAGGGGAAAAUACAUACAUAAAUAAAUAAAAUCACAUUAACUUCAGUGAGAUCAGAUUUAGCCUCAUGUUCAACAUACCCCAUUAACCUAAAGUAAAAGAGCCCACUCCCUUCCUUCUUGAAACAGAUAAAAUCUGGUCUUGUGGGCUUCAGUGCAAGAUCAGAAUUUCAGAGGCGCUAGCUACGCUUGGUCUAGAACAAUAGCAACUAGCUUAUGACAUGGAGCUUACCAAGAGAAGUAUAGCAGAUACUGUACAGAACUUGAAUCAACAAAUAGCUCACUCUGUGCAAUAUGUACAUUUUCAUGACACAUAACAAUAGUCCAUUAUUUAUACACUCACAGUAUACGUAAUACCUUGUAGGACAUUCGUAAAUGCAUUAUUAUACCAGGGAUGUAUACUGAAAAGUCAGGGAGAUAACUUAUAUGGCAGAAAGACACUGCGCUGAUAUCUGUGCAGUUAUAUUGCUGUCACUUUUAUUUUUAAUUAUAAUUUAAACUAUUUUUGGCUAUGUACAGACCUUCUGAAGAGUGUUUACUGCUUGUUUUCGUCCAUGCGUACUCAUUGCAAACUUGCAACGGCAUUUAUUUAAAAUUAAAUAAAUAAAUGACAAUCAAACCAAAAAUAAAUUUGGCUAUUGGUGUAUAUUUAAUUAUGUGGAUAACCUACUGUUACAUGCUGCAGGCUUGCCAGAUAUAAUAUAGUAUGCUGGGUAACAGGUAUGCAAACUGGUGACAGGCUAUCCAGAUUCAACCUUUAUUAAUCACCAUUACAGGAAUUUGUUUAGACAGUAGCAUGUAAUAUGUAUGGAACAAAACUUAUAUGCAUAAAGUGUUUAAUAUUGUAACCAAUCCUUACAUAUAGUUAGUAUUUUAAAAUAAGUGUUCAGUUUCAGAAGGGGGGAAAGAUCUCAAAAUUAUUCUCGUCUUACAAAAGUAUAUUUUUGGAUGUUUGGGAAAGUAUUUUGGCAAUUGCAGUCUGAUCUCACAUUUUAAUUUCAUGUGCCAGGAAUCUGAGGGUAAAAAAAAAUUACUUUCUUGAGUAUUUUAUUGUGUAUGAGGGGUUUUAAGUUAAGGAAACUAGUGCCAAUAAGAUACGUUUUUAUUCAUUUUAAAACCAUUUCAAUGCAUUAUUGAAAGAAGAUAAAAACUUUUUAAGGAAUGUGUAAUUUAUUUAGAAAAUUCAGAAGGAGUAUUGCUGCUUCCCAUUUGGCUACAUUGCUACUUAUUGCUGUGCCUUCAACAGCACUUUUGUGUUUUGUCCUGGAAGAGCAUAGGUCUGAUCCAACCGGAACGAACAUCAGUCUUUCCUUUGACUUCCCCAGGAAUCCGAUCAAGUCCCUUCCAUUCAGUUCAGAGUAACUGCAGUCAUUAGAUACUCAUCCAGCCUUCUGGAUAAAGAAUAAGGCUGAGAAUCUUGCAAGAGCAAACUGGAAAUUCCAGGUUUGGGGUCAUGUCAAAAACAACAUGAGAAUCAGAGACGCAGUCCAAGUCAAGCGCAGUUGCAGAUAAGUGGAGAUGCUCAGCAGCCACAAGAAGGGUGAAAGAUGGGCUUAGAUAGAGGAAAAAAAAGGAUAUAGAAAUCUAUUUUACCGAUUCAAAGGUUUCUCCAGUGCUUGCUGGGUUCCAGGAGUAUGGCCUUUAUCUGAAUGUUUUGCCUAUACCUCCUGCCCUUAAGUGCAGCAGAUGGGGUUGCAACAGCCAAAGGCCUUGAUCCUGCCAACUCAGAAAUGCAGGUAUACCCCUUCGCCCACGCAGGCUCCACUGACGUAUAUGAGAUCCUACCUGUCACACCAUUGUCUCUGCCGGACAGAGGACACACUGUUCCCAUUGUGCUGAUAUAUGAUUUUGUCCAUUGUGUGUGGCCAUUUUACUGCAGACACAGGGUGCUACAUUUGCAGGGUGCUGCAUUAUAAAGCUCCCUUUAUAUUGGGUGCACUGGUAGCUACAGCCAACUCCUUACUAGGGCCAGGCCUCCAGCUGGUGUGAAGGGCACCACUCUGUUGAAAAUCAACAGAUUAUGCCUAUUUACAGAGGGGCACAAUAGCCAAGUGAUUAGGGUAUCUUGCUAUAGCUCAGUAAUCUGAGCCUUGCUUUAGCUUCAUGCUCAAGUCCACCUUCCAGAUGUGAAUGGGUAUUCAGGGGAGAUGUGGCUGGAACGAUGUCUGCCACCUCCAUCACUCCCUUGUGUGUUUUUGGUUACAGAAGCUGCUGUGCCUUAACCACACUAGCCCAAUGGGCUGCUAGACUGUGAUGCCCCUAUGCAUUAGCUGAAGGUUUGAACUGUUAAUUUCUAGAAAGUCAUUUGAGAAAAUUUUAAAAGCAGCCAACUUUUUCUGUGGCAUUCAUUGCUUUUUAUUAUGGCUAUUCUGAGCAUUAGAAGUGAAUCUGCUGUAACCAAAGAGAGCGCCAUUUUGUAGCAAAGAAAAAGAGUUGCGAUUUUGCAAGAAAGAGAGGAAGGGAAGACAAAUCUAGCUUGCAGCAUCCCAGCCUAGAAUUAAUACCUUAGGGACUCUGAUGCUGUUAGAUUUGUAUAGAGUGCCUCUAUUUUAAAGAGGGUUUGUAGUUGUAUAUAGCAUCGUCAUCAAUGCAGCCUUUCCCCUUAACUAGCUGACAGCUGAUUGAAAUGAAGUCUUUUUUUUCCCCAUUUCAGUUAUAUAGUGUUCUUACAAAUGGAGGGCCUGAUUCAAAGCCCGCUCAGGCAAAUGGAAAAAAUCCCCAUAAUUUCAAUGGGCUAGGGACCAUGCUACACAAGAUGCGAUCCUGCUAAGUGUUCUCUACCCUCAACUGCUAUCGACCUCCGUGGGAAUUAAAGACACUUUAUUGCUGACAGUGCUGAGCCCUUAAGGCCCCGAUUCAGAAAAACACUUCAGUAGGUGCUUACAUCCCAUGGAUUUAAGUGGAAGCUAACUGAAGAGUACUUAAGUGUGUUUCUGAAUCAGGAUGCAAAAUGAACUUGAUAUUAGAUGAAAUUCAGGUCUAUCUUUGCUGGGAAAUCCUUCUCUGUGCAGUUAAUUGAAGUCCUUGCUGUGAGACCUAGAGGCAUUGCUUCUCAAGUGUAUAGUUUAAAAGCAACAAUGACUUGCCCUGUUGAACCAAUGGUAGGUUAUGAACAUACUCAAAUAUAGAUGAACUGCAAUUCAUGUCAACAUGCUGUAGAGUAGUGGUAAGUUGUACACACACUACUGUGAACUUGGGUAAAACACAGAAUGUACAUUUAAAUUGCAUUCCUAUAGGUGCAUACAGGAGAGGACAUAAUAUAGAUAGCUGGUAUAUGGAGUUGAGCUGAUAUUUAGCAUCCGAUUACAUUCACAUUCAUUUUGAAAGAGGGACAUAGGAUAUUUUAGUCAGGCAGCUGCCAAAUGAUUUUCAUGUUUAAACACAGGACUGAAAAUUGAUUUGCUGUAUUUAUGAUUAGACUUCAAUACUUAAAACGUAUUGAAAUUCCGUAAGACAAUUACUCAUAAGAAAGAACAAGUCUAGUAGUAAAAAAAAAAAAACCUCUCUAAAUGUAGAGAACAUCAUUUUAAUCUUAAUGAGACAUGAAAUUAGGUUAGCAGCAAAUAUGUUUAAAAUGAUGUAUAAUUGAUUAAUCAAGCUGUAAAUGCAAUUGAUUGCAUACACUCCUCAGAUGCCAUUUAGAUGACAUUGCUUCCUCAAAUACCUGAACACAUUUACUGCUUGAGUAUUAACGAGAUGACAUAAUAUACUGGAAAAAUAUAUGACCAGUUUCUUUUUAUUAACUUAUUUUGUUCCCACUAAAAAGUACUUUCUGUGGGCCAUUCUAAGGACCUGAUCUUUUCAAUGGACACACUUUUUUUUUUUCCAUUUAAAAGCUAUUGUGUAGUUCUGUUUAUUAUGUUUUCUGUGUGAUCAGAUUGUAUUUAUUUGAGGAAAAAAAUGUUUGUUGUUUAAAGAAAACAAUCAUUGUAUUGCCAAAUAAUUGCAGUAAUUCCUUGUGACAUCUGUAUCUUUUUUUUUUAAUCUCGGUUUCAAGUGCUAACAACUGUUGAAGCCACCACCACAUUUUGAUUUGCUGUUACAUUAAAUGGAUUUCUCAAAAGCUAAACAAAAUGGUUGACAGAUGAUUUAAUAAAGAUGUUGUGCAUCUAGA